AUGACAUCGCUGGACCAGAAGCUACCGCUGCUCAUCUACAAGCGCGCAGAAUUUCCAUCCUUGCAAACAGGCGACUCAACACCAAGGUAUCACGAGAACGACCAGGAGGCAUGCGAAGUUCUGGGCAAAGCUCUGUGGGAGGCGAGCGUCGAGAAAGUGACCAAGGUCCUGAUACCCGAGGCCAGUGGCCACGCGCAGAUCGCAGUCGCGAUGAACGCGCCGAAAGUUACGCAUGCCGUGUUCAUGAAGACGCUCUCGGGCACCCGGCGGCGGGCUGAACAGACCCUCUAUGGAUAUUUGGGCCAUUUCUAUGCACAGGAGCGGAAGAGCGCGACUUUCGACAGCCCGGAGACGGAGGUACGAGACUGGACCGUGGAGGUUGCGAAGAUCCUCUGCAAGGCAUGCCUCGAUCUGAUUGACAAGGACGGGACAACAAGUGAGCUAUUGAAGCAAGCCACAGAAGCGCCCGAGGCUGCCAUCGAAGCGAAGGAUAGUACAGGAUCGACUUUCGACGCGCUGGCAUUCGUGACAGGUCGCGAGAGUUGGGUUCGUACUGGGUCUGGCAACAAGACCAAGACGUGCGCGGCGAUGCCAGAGUUGGUGGAGAUGUCGGCAGCAACAACGGCGAAGGUGUAAAGCUGGAGGAAGAACGAUCAUAAUGAUCUGUACGUCUCAUGCGCAGCGAGAGACUGAAACUGAGGCAGAGCUAGAGAUCGCUAGAAGGAAGGCCUCCGGCAUUUGCAUGGGGGUACUCGC